UCAAAUGUCAAUACUUUGUAUUGUGUUAACCUAAAUAUUUUAUAUAAUAUUUAUAUUAUUACUUUAUAGUUUAGUCUUUUGUUAUUAAUUAACCGUCAAUAGUUGAAAUAUCGAUCAUAAUGAAACGAACGUGGAACAACACAAACUCUUCUCCAGGAUUCAUUUAUUUCAACCAGUCACCUCACAGUUAUCCAGAUCAAACAUCGGAAUUCCUUCCUUUCAGUGAUUCUCCUGCUUCUAGAUCUCCAUCCAGUUUUAGCAACCCUAGACACAUCAACCCCAGGUAUUCAGGAGGAAAUUCUGACAGUCGCUCUCCAAAUCCAAAGAGACAUUCAGGAGGAAAUCACCGAAGUCCCCUAUACUCCAAUCUAAAUAACAGAUAUUCAGGAGGAAAUUUUGGAACGCAGAAUCAAUAUUCUAAUCCUAAUAACAGGUAUUCAGGAGGUAAUCGGGGAAGUCACUCUCCUCACACAAAUAAAAAUAAUAGAUAUUCAGGAGGGAAUCGUGGGAGUAGUUCACCGCAUAAUUCAAAUAAUAGAUAUCCAGGAGGAAGUUAUGGAAUUCGAUCGCCUUACUCUAGUCCAAAUAACAGUCAAAAUUUUAACAAUUCUUUUGGGAGAAAUAGAAGUAACAAUAAAUGGAAUUUUGGGAAGAAUUCGAGCAAUGACAGUAAAUGUAAUGUGUCAAACUAUUAUGAUCGCACCUGUACAAUGGAUCCUUGGAGUGAAUUAGAGGAGGAGCUGAAAGUAAAAAGGGCGGAAGAGGCUUUACAAAACUCUAUCAAUUGUAAAGACAAUUCAGAAAAUCUGAUCGGAAUGGAAGGAGAAACAGAUUCUGAUUCAACUGACUCUAGUGAAUCUGAUGAUUCUUGUAGUACUGUUACUGAAGAAGAAACCAGAUAGUAGUUACCAUAAGUUUUUUUUUGUGUAAAUAUAACAGAGUCCUUUAUUCAACAAAUUUUUUGAUAUACAUUCUGAAAUGCAUGUCCACAUUUGUU